AUGAGUUCAAAUGAUCCAAUAAGUAAAGCAGAACUUGAACCUAUUGCUUGUCUUCUCUCUGACUACAAGUGUCAUAUCAAAAGAAUAGAAUCGGAAAUUAAAACACUACUCAGACUUCUUAAUAUUGAUCCUGUAGUAGCAAGCCAUAAUACUCCAACAAUUUCUAAUAUUGUUACCAACUUAUCGACAAUGCAUAUCAUUAAAAUCAAGUUAUGUAGUCAGAUUGAUAUUCUUGGAGAAAAAUAUAAGUAUUUUAAAGUAGCCAAAGAAGUAUCAAAAGCUGUUCAUGCAAUUGUUGAUAGAUCAACCAUUAUCCGUCAGUAUGAUGAACUCCUUGAUAAAUCCUUACCUAAAGAUGGUAAGCUUUUAAAUCUUUUAGAUCCAAUUACUGAAAAUCCUUAUUUAAUGAUUACAAAUAUUAAGAAUUUGUACUUAGAAUUUCAUAAGAAUUGUAGAUUAAAUAUUUACAAAAAGAUUUCAAUAGGUUCUGAAGCAUUUUAUAAGAAUUUACCAUCAUUCUCUAAUAGUAGAGGAAAAUAUUUACCUCAAUCACUUCUUAUUUAUAAUUUAUCUACUAUUAAUUUGAUGGAUGAGGCUCGUUUAGAUCGAUAUUUAGAGUUUUAUGAAAUUGGUGGAUUAGAUCUUCCCUUGGAGUUUAAACAAGAAUAUUUAUGUAGUUAUUUAAAGCUUAGAAUGAUCCUGGGAGUAGGUAAAUCUACUAAUCCUAAGAAGAAUAAUUCAAAUCGUAGUAAUUAG